AUGGCUGAUUCAGACACCACCGCUCCUCGCCAGCAGGAGAAACCAGCAGUCGAUGCGCAUGAAGGACUCCACACGACUGUGUCGGACCAAACAGAACAAGAUGUGGAAGCUCCCGAGGCUCGGGGUCUCGACCUAGACGAGAUCCCGUCCGAAUAUUGGCGGUCCUUUCGGUUUCUCGGUUCUGCCACCAGCAUUAUCCUCCUUGCAGUGUGUCUAUACAUUGGCUUCUCCUUGCCUGCGAGCUGUCUCCAAGUCAUCAAUGCCGACCUUGGCCCUUCGCCCAUUUAUAUCUUCAUCACCACUGCUGGCUCCUUGGUGACUGGUGUCGGUGUUCUGCUCGUCGGCCGCUUGGGCGAUAUCAUCGGCCGUCGGUGGUUCCUAAUUGGCGGUCAACUUCUUGGACUCGUGUCCGCCGUGAUCUCGGCCAAGGCCACAUCGAUCAACAUGCUCAUCGUCGGCUCAGUCAUCCAAGGCUUCUCCGGCACCGUUCAGCUGACCUUCCCCUACGUCAUCCAAGAGCUAGUGCCCAACAAGCAUCGUGGCUACGCCCAAGCCGCCAUGAUCACCGCAGUUAUCCCCUUUGCCGGCUUUGGUCCAGUCAUUGCCCGAACUCUGAUCGAGAACACAGAGGCGGGAUGGAGAUGGUGCUACUGGCUGCUCGCCAUCUUCUGCGGCGCGUCGCUGAUCCUGUUGGUGCUGUGCUACUUCCCUCCAACCAUGCAUCAGCUUCACUCCAAGUUGACCUGGCAGAAAGAACUACUGGAGCUCGACUAUGGUGGUAUCGUGCUAUACGGCGCGGGCCAAUUGCUGCUCCUUCUUGGUCUUGCCUGGGGCGGCGCCGCCUACUCCUGGACCAGCGCACACGUCCUUGCCACAUUGAUCAUCGGGAUUGUGCUUCUCAUUCUUUUCGGGCUGUACGAGGCAUACGUUCCUUUGAAACAACCUCUCCUGCCCAUCAAGAUUCUGAAGAACCGGAACUACAUCGCCAUAGUUAUCGCCGGCUCGGUAGGACAGAUGGUCUUCUUCGCCUUGUCUAUUCUAUGGCCACAGCAGAUCGCCGCGUUGUACAGCACCGACAACGUUACUAUAGGCUGGAUCUCGUGUACCUCUGGCCUUGCACUCGCCAUCGGCGAGAUAGUCAUGGGUCCGCUUUUGAAACCUAUAGGCCAUUCGAAGUAUCAGCUCAUCGUCGCUGCUUGUGGGCUUACAGCGUUUAUGGGCGCCAUGGCGGCCACCAAUGCCUCUUCCCGUGGAAUGGCUAUCGCAUUUACGGUACUGGCUGGCUGGUUCGUCGGUUGGCUAGAGCUUAUCGUUCUCGUUGCCAACGGUCUGGUCAACCUUCCGCAAGACCUCGGUCUAGCCAAUGGUUUCCUAGGAUCCGUUCGCAAUACAGCCGGUACCGUGUCAAUCACUGACGAUGUCACUGCAGUCAGCAUCUACGUUGCUAUCCUCGAGCGGCGCCUGGCUGCCAACCUGCCCAACGACGUAUCAGCUGCUGCGAUUGGGGCCGGCCUUCCUAAGAGCUCGGUGCCAGCUGUACUUGGAGCUGUCGCCAACGGAACCGCCGCAGCCAUGGAUGCAGUGCCCGGGAUUACUCCUGCGAUCGCAGCUGCUGUCGGCGACGGUGUUAAGCUGGCUUACACGCACAGCUUUAGCACAGUCUACUUGGCGUCGAUUGCAUUCGGAGGCUUGGCCAUCAUCGCCACCCUAUUCACGAGUGACAUUGACCAUUUCCUUACAAACUACGUUAGUCGGCGCAUCAACGGCACGGUUGCGACGGAAGCUAGCGUAGGGCAACCGCAGACACAGCGGAAGGGCGAGGACGACGUUUGA